AUGGGUCGUCGAGUCGUUUUCGGCGGCUGUCACUUGGCGGAGCAAAAAAAUAGUGACUUUGCAUCUCUUCGACGACUGUCACCUGAGAGGGAAGGAGCUAGAUGGAGGUGGGGCGCAUGUCAGGGAGCUUCAUCCUCAAGUUUGCGUAGCAAGAGGAGGCUCUUCAUUGCAUCUAGUAUGCUCUCAAGAGGUGGUGACUCAUCUCCUGGCAGAUCAUCUUCUUCCUGACGAUGGCUUGUUCGUCGAUCGAUCGGAGAUGAUUUACUCAAUAGAUUCGCAAUCCUUUUAUCGUGAAUCGUUCAGCAAUUUGAGUAACAAUGCUCCGCGAAUUACGUUGAUGAGAUUUUUGCCGAUGAUCUAACAAUUCUGAUUGUUUAAUCCUUCACCGGCAAUCUAUAGGAAAGUCACAAUAAUCAAAUUAAAUUAUGAGUUUUGGCUCUGGGAGGAUUUGAACCCAUACUGGUUGCCCUUGCCUCUUCUAAGGAAGGUGAUGGGUUUAGUCUCACAUCAGCCAAAUUUUCAAACAAAUAUAUAGUAAUGUUACAUUCCUAAGCAAAGUCCCUUUCUCGUGCGUGUAUGACCACUCCUUGCCCCACAGUCGGCUGGCCACUGGUGACGUGGAAGGGGAGUGGCACACAUGUGCCCCCAUCAGUUCAAGUUGCUUGAGCCCCUAUUCGCGGCUACUCCCUAAUCACUUUUCACACUUUAACACAAAUAUAAGUAUAUUAAUCAUAAAUUUAGACUAAAACUAUAUUAUUUACUAAUUAUUAACUCAUAAUAAUGAAGACUUAUCAAGGUGAUGCGGGUUUAGUCCCACAUUGAUUUGUGUCGAAGUAAUAUUACAUUCCAAAUCAAGUCCCUUUCUCAUGCUUGUAUGACCACUCCUUGUCCCACAACCGACUGGCCACUAGUGACAUGGAAGGGGAGUGGUGCACACGUGCCCCUGACGUGACUUAGUCAUUGUAUAUUAAAUCACGCAAAUAUAAAAUUUAUAAAACUAGAAAAUAUGAAUUUUUAGAUAUUUAUAAAUAUUUCUGAAUAAAUAUAUCAAUUAUAAUUUAAUAAAACUUCCAAAAAUAGCAAUAAUUUUCCAACUCAAUCAGAGCUAUGUAAUAUAAUAUCUGGUAAUUAUUCAGAAUUUUUCUCGAUGAAUAUAAUUUUCUAUAAAUUUUAUACUAGUAAAUGAAAAGGAAAUAUAUUUAAAAUUCAAGGAAAACAGAAAUAAGGGUGUAGACGUCAGGAUCACAUCAGCGCCCGGCGAACACGAAUCGGGCAAAAAAAGAGUUCUGCCCGACAAUUCUUAUAUAAGCAAUUACAGAUAAUUUAAUUAAUCAAAUUAAGAUAUGUAAAAGCCAGAAGAAUCAUAAUAGAACAAAGUAUAUUUUAGUAAAUUAAAAUCAACAAAUUAUCACUAAAUGAAACAAAAAUUAAGUUGAAAUCAAGAAAACAGAAUUUUGACAUCACAGUGGCGAUGCAUCGGUGAUGCAUUAGAAUCCUGAGCAUUCAAGAGGAUUGUCGUGUAGUGUCUAUGGCCUUGAAGGCUCUCCUUAGACAAAGACAACGUAGGCAAUCUCUAGAUCUCUUGGCAAAGUCUAGAGAUCAAUGAAAUGGGUCAUCGAAUCAUCUCCAACAACUGUCACUUGGUGGAGCAGAAAAACGGUAACUUUGUAGUUCUCUGGUGGUUAUCACCCAACAGAGAAGAGUUGGAUGGAGGUGGGGCGCGUGUCAAGAAGCUUCAUCCUCAGGUCCGUGCAGCAAGAGGAGGCUCUUCAUUGCAUCUGGUACGCUCUCAAGAGGUGGCGACUCAUCUUCCAACGGAUCAUCCUCUUCCCGACAAUGGCUUGUUUGUCGAUCAAUCGGAGAUGAGUUAUUCAAUGGAUUCACGAUCCCUUUAUUGCAAAUCGUUCAGCAAUUUUAGUAACAAUGCUCUGUAAAUUGUGUUGAUGAGAUCUUUAUUGAUGAUCCAGUGAUUUUGGUUGUUUAAUCCUUCACCGGUGAUCUACAGGAAAGUCACGAUAAUCAGAUAAACAAAAUAUGAAUUUUGGUUUCGAGAGAAUUCGAACCUACAUCGGUUGCCCAGCCCUUUCUAGGGAAGUGUGACGUGGGUUAAAAAAGUCCCACAUCAGUUGUGCGCCGAAAUUUCUGGUGAAUAUAUAGUAAUACUACAUUUUUGAUCAAGUCCCUUUCUUGCGCGUGUACGACCACUCCUUGCCCCACAACUAGCUGGCCAUUGGUGA